AUGUCCGUACGACCGCCUCCACCGAGCUCGACGUCUUCCUACAACAAUGGUCAUCCGUCACGCCAUGAGACUCAGCAGUCUGUAUCGUCUACAUCUUCGAGAAGUGAGCGGGAUAGGGAACGCGCAAGAGCUGGGAAACAUCCCGCCGUCGAAACAGCCGUCACUCGCCUCCUCGUAUCCAUCAAACAGCUCCUCGAAGCGCUCACGAAAUGGAGUAACCAAGAAGCCACGGAAGGUCAAGUGAGCGACGUCUACGUCCGUCUGGGGAACGACUUCAAUGGCGCCGUGUCUGCCUUCGCGUCCUACAACAUCGACAUGUCCGAACUUAUGGGUGUCCCAGAUGACCUCCGGGCCGUCCUAGAGGACUGUCUCUCCGAAGACGCAACGACUCAGAAUCUGGACAAGUACUUGCCCAAAGUUCGAGCUAUCAUCACUGCGCUGCUUACGGGCCUGAGGGGCAAACAAUCGGUAUUUCGAGAGAUCGUGUCGGGCCAUAAACACCGGUCAGAGAGUUCGGGACAUAGCAGGACAGAUAGUGGGCGAUUAUCGCGGGCGGAAAGGGUCGCUUCGACUUCGUCGUCGUCGAGGAGAGACACGACGAGAAGUCAUGCGUCGUCCGUUACUUCGAAUGGUGGAGAGGUCGUCUCUUCAUCGUCGAGGCGCAGCGCACAUACGCAUACGUCUUCGACAUCCACAAGGCGGAAGGAGUUCUCCCCGACUUCUACUAAUGGAGACGAUGCAUUCAUCGGCGGUUUCUCACCACGUCUCGGACAAUCUCAACCCGGUCCUGCACCCGAUCCAAACAGAGUCACCUCCCCCCCACCACCGCCUCCACCUGCCUCAGUUCCUGCCUCAACCGCCCCCGAACGACCAACCUCCACGCGUCAAUCGUCAGCUCCCUACGUCAACGGCAAUGAUCCAGAGAACACACCCCUCCCCACAACACCUCGAACGGCCCAAGUCCAAGUCCCCGCAAGCGUCAAACGAUACUCCCUCGUCGAUCGGCCCGUCCCUUCCACCGCCACCGCCCCAGCAGUCGUGGUAGACGAGGGCACACCCCCUCCCACCGCUUCCUUUCCGGAUCGCGAUCGAGAUGCCCAGCGAGAGCGAGAGGAGGUGGUACUCUCAGUCUCCCCCGAACCAACCGUUACACCUCCGGACCGUCCGAUGUCGACGUCGCCACCCCCACCACCCGCGUUCGAUUCGAAUAAUCUCUACGCGGCAAGUUCCCUGGCUGCACUCAAGAAAUCGGACGCGUUGGAACGCAGGGCGUCGAAGCGGUUCUCGACUUAUAAUAUCUCGAAGAUGACGGGUGCGGGUGGGCCGAGGGAUCGGUCCAUGGGGGGAGGUGGCGGUGGAGGCGGAGGAGGCGGCGCAGGUGGGGGUGGGGGUGAGAGACAUGGAGGAUCAAAUAGGAGGAGUUUGGUGGCGAAUGGGAGUGGGAUAUUGACGCCGGGGGAGUUGGCGGUGUUGACGGAGAUGGAUGAAGGUGAGGGCGACGAUGAGGGUGAUGCUGCAGCUACGCCGAAGAAGCGCGAUCGAGAGCGUAUCCGGGAGAGGGACAGGGAGAGGGAGGGGGGACGGGAGAGGAGCACGACGAGGUCGAGGCAGCCGUCGCCGAUUGAGGAGGAUGAAGAGUUCGUUCCGCCUGUACCUCCGCUGCCACGGACACCCUCGCCCACGAAAGCUUCUCUGGCUCCAGCUCCCUCAACCGCCGCUCAAGCACCAAUCCCAUCAGUGCCAAUUGAAUCAACAUCCACGGAGCAACGUCCCCCACCUGCGUCGUCGCCCGACGGAACGCCAGACCAAGGUCCCAUCAAAGCCUUCCUGCAAGUAGGGAGAGAGGUGAAAAAGGCGAUGAUCGAGCCUGGGCUCACGUUUGGCUCGUUGAGGAUGUUGUUUGUGGACAAGUUCGCUUAUAACCCUGGCCAGGAAGACUUUCCAGCGAUCUAUAUCCGUGAUCCAUCCAGCGGAGUGCAGUAUGAGUUGGAGGAUAUGGACGAGGUGAAGCAGAAUUCGCUGCUUUCACUCAAUAUCGAACCUCUGGACCAGAUCAAGCAGCAUAUUGAUAUCCAGAUCUCAGGCCUAUCCCAAGAGCUCAGAGACCUCCGCAAAGCCGUCGCCGACUCCCGCCCUCAACCCCGUCCCUCUCUUGUCCAAUCUCUCCCGGAUCCCCCAACACCCGCCCCGGCGAACCGACCGACAGACCGUCAACUCCAAACCGUCGCACGCCGUCUCUCCCGCAUGAACACGCGCGACGACACAUCCACACCCAUGUCCGCGAUGACCAUGUCCAUAUCCUCCCAGCCCCUCCAACCACAAAUGACAGGCGCCUCGAUCAUGUCAGAGUACUCCAACCGGGUCGUCAGCGAUCUGCGCACCCAAUUCGACGAGGUCCAGAACUUAAGGCGCGAUCUCGGGAUCAUGAGACAGCUCUACACCGAGUUCUCGAAACAAACGAAGGAAUCACUCGGGGCGUUGAAGACCCAGACGCAGAAGGUGCGACAGAUGGCGACGACGCAGGUUAGCGGAGCGCGGGCCUACAUCGACACAGGGAAACAGAAGCUCGACCUGCGCUCGCAGAACGUGUUGACGAAGAUGGAGGAGCUGCAGGAUACUGUGGAGAGCGUAAAGGACGACGUGCUGAAGCGGAACGUGUCGCCGAAGUCGAAUGUGCUGAGGAGCGUGAAGGAUGACAUGGAGGCGAUGGCGGCGGAGCUGGAGAGUCUGAAAGAGCACAUCAAGACGAUCAAGCCGAUGUGGAAGAAGACGUGGGGUGAGGAGUUGCAGAGUAUUGUGGAGGAGCAGCAGUUCUUGAACCAUCAGGAGGAGUUCUUGGGCGAUUUGCUGGAGGACCAUAAGGCCGUGGUGGAGAUUUUUGGGCAUGUGGAGAAGGUGAUUUCGUUGAAGGGGCAGGCGGCGGCGAAGGGGGUCAAGCUGAAGUCGUACAGGCCACCGCCACCCCCGGAGGAGGGCCAUGGGGGGUUGAGUACUGUGAUGCUGGAGUUACAGAAUGCGCAGGUGGAUCCGGAGAAGAGGAUGAAGGCGAUCGCUGCGAAUCAGAGGACCAGAGAGAAGGAGCUGGCGGGGAGGUCAGACGAGUUCGAGGAGGAGUUGAAAGGAUUUGUGGGCGGGAAGAAGUUGAAGAUGACGGGUGGGGCAGAGGAGGCAGAGAGGGUGAGGCAGAAGAGGAACGACAUGACGCUGAGAGCGAUGUUCAAUGGGGGUGCGAGAGGGGACGGUGGUGGUGGGAGUGGGAGCGGGAGUAUGCCGAGUUCGCCGUCGGGGGAGACGUAUCCUGAUGAUGAUUAACCAACACUCCUUGUUUAGCUCGUUUUCUUUUUCUCCCUCUCUCUUUGCUUUUUGAUUUUUGUCCCGGUUCUCAAUGGGUGUCCUCCCAAGGACUUUGCUUGUGUCGCACACAUGUAUCCCUGUGUUCUCUCAAUGUCUCAUCAUUCCUUUCCACUUCUCAAUUCCUUCUGCGUUUCUUCUUCUCCGUGCAUUAUCUAUACCUCUGCUAGGCUGAUUAAUAGUGACCGACGUGGACGAUUGAUGAUCCCUUCCUCUCCGGUGGACCCGUCUCUGAUCCUUACUCUCACUCUCACGUUUACUGCUACCACCCGAUUCGGACGAUACAUUGCCAAUUUGCCAUUUGCCAACGUACAUACACACAUAACCACCCCGUCUCUCCUUCUCCUUUCGAUGUUACUUUUACUUUUCUCUCACUGCCCACUGCGUUUCUGUGCUUCCCAGGAUCAUUCAUGAUGUCGUGUCGUGUCGUGUCGUGUUGUGUACCAUUUGACUCACCCACUCGUUUUUCCGGAUCUGUUGCAUUCUCCAUUGUUUUCCAUGUUUCCAUGUUUCCAUAUCAUGUUCCAGUCUUGGUCUUAGUCUCCCGAUCAAUUUUCAAUUGAGUUGUUGUUCG